GACGCAGUUUCGUUUUUGACCUGGAAUUGCACGCUUCUCGUCGACGACCACGAUGCACAUAGCGUCCGCUGGUCUGCACGAAUCGUACGAGGAACGCGAUUAACCGCGUUUCAAUAGCUUCAAUAAACACCAAUUCGAUCAUCAAUUUCGGUUCUCGUGCGCUAAGAGUGCGCACGCACGUAUGUUCGAAGGUCAUACCCCGUGGACGUGACGUUGUUAUUUUUCCUCGCGAGGUUUCCACGCACCACCGAGGAGCGCAACCGAACAUCAUUAUAGAUAUAGUGAACGUGUGUUGUCUCAACCGUCGAUUACGUCGACGUGUCGAAUAGUUUGCAGUCGGUGCUGCUCGCAAACGAGCUGAACCACGCAAUCCAACGUUUUAAUGAGCAAUAUGGUUGUGUGAAAAAUUCAAAUUCAACAAAAGACGGGUCAUCUUUAACUGCAGUGUGAUAAAAAUAAUGAAAAUUUGUUCUGGCCCGGCAUACAUCAAACACCGUCCCAGAGUGACAUGUACAGCAGUCAAUCUCAAAGUUUGUGUUCAGACCGUCUGGUGGCUGAUGAAAGUGUCGCAAUUGUCACGCAUCACAAAAAACGCAAGCUGGACCAACUACAUAACGCUGCUUGCGGCCCUGAAAACUAUCACCAUAAUAAAUAUAAAUUGAGUUCGUUACACCACCAUUACGAACCAAUUGUUGAGUUGGUGCCAUAUGAACCAAUCAAGUAUCGAAAACAUCAUGGUACUUCUAUUGCUCCAUCCAAUAUUAAGACAAGUCCAUCGUCUGCACAUAAUCAGAAUUUUAUACGGGCAUCAACUAUCAAAUUAUUAGAUACAUACCAACGCUGCGGACAAAAGCGAAAAUCGUGUGAAGGCGGUGUGACAAAUGGUGUGGAGUCAAGUUGUGGCGCUGGAGGAGCAAAUACUGCAUCAACAACAACCACCACAACUACCACAACGGGGCAACAAGGGAAACAGGGUGCUGAUGGUGAUUAUCAGUUGGUCCAGCACGAAGUAUUGUACUCAAUGACGAACCAAUACGAAGUUCUAGAAUUUUUGGGUCGAGGAACUUUUGGUCAGGUUGUAAAAUGUUGGAAAAAAGGAACAAAUGAAAUAGUUGCCAUUAAAAUAUUAAAGAACCAUCCAUCAUAUGCUAGACAAGGUCAAAUUGAAGUGAGCAUUCUGUCACGAUUAAGUCAAGAAAAUGCAGAUGAAUAUAACUUUGUUCGUGCCUAUGAGUGUUUUCAACACAAAAAUCAUACUUGUUUGGUGUUUGAAAUGUUGGAACAAAAUUUAUAUGAUUUUCUCAAACAAAACAAAUUUAGUCCACUUCCAUUGAAAUUUAUUCGACCAAUAUUACAACAAGUUUUGACUGCUUUAUUAAAAUUAAAGGAUUUAGGUCUUAUUCAUGCAGAUUUAAAACCAGAAAAUAUAAUGCUUGUUGAUCCUAUCCGUCAACCAUACAGAGUUAAAGUUAUUGACUUUGGUAGCGCAUCUCAUAAAAGUAAAGCUGUAUGUAAUACAUAUUUGCAGAGCAGAUACUACAGAGCUCCAGAAAUCAUUCUCGGUUUACCAUUCUGUGAAGCAAUUGACAUGUGGAGUUUGGGAUGUGUAGUAGCAGAAUUAUUUUUGGGUUGGCCAUUAUAUCCAGGUUCAUCAGAAUAUGAUCAAAUACGUUAUAUAUGUCAAACACAAAAUUUACCUAAUUUAGACAUGUUAACAAAUGCUUCAAAGACUUCAAAGUUUUUCUACAGAGAUGUGACAUAUCAAAAUAAUUGGAGGUUAAAGAUAAUGGAAGAGCAUGAAGCUGAAACUGGAAUUAAAUCGAAAGAAGCAAGAAAAUAUAUAUUCAACUGUUUGGAUGAUAUUGGACAGGUAAAUGUGCCAACAGAUUUAGAAGGUGGUGAAUUAUUAGCAGAAAAAGCAGAUAGGCGAGAAUUCAUUGACCUUCUUAAAAGAAUGUUGUCCAUGGAUCCGGCCAAUAGAAUACAUCCUAAUACUGCUCUUCUUCAUCCAUUUGUUACACUUGCACAUUUAGUAGAUUUUGCGCGAUGUGAUAAUGUUAAAGCAAGUGUACAAAUGAUGGAAGUUUGUCGACGAGCCUUACCAGAUCAUCAUUCAAGUUCUGGUCAAGCAGUACUAGUGCCAGCAACUAAUGCUAAUGUUACACUUACUUUUAAUAAUCAAUAUCAGUUAUAUAAUAGCCGUUCUAUGGCUCGCCAGUAUAGUAGUAGUUCAAAUCAACAUCAAGCUCAUCUCUCAAUACUUUGUUCUGCUGGUCCUGGAGCUUAUCAAACUGGAACAUCGCCUCCAAAACAUGUUGCUGUUAUGCCACCUCCACCUCAUCCAUCACAAUUGCAAAUACAACAUUCAACUAGUUUAAUUACACAACAGCCUGGUGGUGGUCAGCAACAAUAUGUACCUGUAUCCAUGGUUGAUGGAAGCCGCCAAAUGAUUGCUACUUGGCCAGCUCCACCUGGACCUCACCAUCGUCAAAUGACUAUUGUUCCUCCACCUGGUGCAGGAACUGCUUCAGCUGCAUGGCAUCCUGGUUCUGCUGUUGCUGCAGCUGAUUGGGCAGCAACAGUUCCCAGACCUCUGAUUGUUGAUUCAGCUACUGCAAUCUUACAAGAUCAAAGACAAGUAGCAUUUACAACAGCUGAUGUUUAUGAAGGUAUAUUGGAUAGCCCAACAAUGGUUGGUACCAUUUGGGGUAGUUCCAAUAAUAGUGGAAAAUCACGUUCAACUAAAACACAUAUGGCUCCUCCUCAACCCCAUCAUCACCAUUCAAAUUAUCAACAAGCACCACCUGCUCAUCACCAUCACCAUCAUCAUAGACAAGACAAAAAAGAUACUGUUAUUAAUACAGUAAAUCAACUGAGUCCAGUAAAGAAACGAGUGAAAGAAGGAACUCCUCCUCAAGAGUAUGAUGGAAGAGUAAAUAGAGGAAAUUUAUUAUCAUCUUCAAACAAUAUUCCGAAUUGGCACCAACCUUCACCUACUUAUAAACAACUGAUUAAUAAUCGACAACAUACUAUAACUAUUCAUGAUACUCCAUCUCCUGCAAUUUCUGUUAUUACUAUAUCAGAUAGUGAAGAUGAAGCUUCAACAAAAGGAGCUCAGUUGAAUAUCAAAACUAACCGUAACAACCGAAAAAAUGUAAUUUCAUGUGUAACAGUUGGAGAAAGUGACAAUGAAGAACAACUACAAUCGAAACCUUUGAUUUACCAUCAAAAACAACUUCAAAGUUUACGUUCAACACCAGUAAUUUAUCAAUCUUCAUCUAAAAAUUCUAAUAUACAAAGUGGAGAAUAUAUUGCUUGUCGCAAUAGUCCUCCGGGUAUAGAGUUAAAUGGUGGCCGUCAAUAUUCUCAACAUCCUUCAAUUAACAACUCUCAGCAACCAAUUUAUAUGCCACAAUUGCAAUUACCAAGUGAAGUAAAACAUGAACCCCAUUAUAGUUCUUCUCAUGGUACCAAUACCAUGUCCCAGUCACAGAUUAAAAGAAUUGUAUCAAAAGGGCAACAUGCACAUCAAAAUCAAGAUUGUAGCAUUUUUAAUACUUCUGGAACAAACAAACCUGAACCACCCCAAGCUAUUGAAUAUUACUGUAGUGGAACAAAUUGUAAAGAUCCUUAUCAUUAUGUCACACCACAUGAUCAGCAUAUAGUAUAUGCUAGUGACAAACGUUUAUCGUACGCAAUUCCAUCAGCUCAUAAACGAAACAUUAAUAAUCCAAUGGAUUAUCAACUACAGCCUCCGGUAGCACAUUCAAGUAGAGAUUCUCAUAUUAUAAGUGCUUCAAAAACAGCAUGGACCCAGCAAACAAUACCAGUGCACCAAGCUUAUAGGAGCCAUGUAGCUGAUUACACAGCUGCUCAUCUUUCACCACAAGCUCUUGGAACCAACCGUGGUCUUUCUCCAUUGGCAGGUCAACCUUUAUAUCAUCAAAGUGAUAUUUACCGCCGACAAGCUGUAUAUGUCACAACAGGUCAACCACCUACUGCUGCUGCUUAUUUACCAUCCCCACAAGUUCCAGCUACUGCUUUCACUACCGGCCCUAUUCCUCCUCCUGCUCAUCACGCAAGUGCGAGACCAUUACUUACUACCCACGCUACCCACCCAUUACCAGCUCACAUGCAACCAACUGCUGUCUAUGGUUAUUUAAGUCCAGCAAAAACACAUCACCAAUACCAACCACUUUGGUUUACUGAGUAGGGCUUACCACAGGGUCUUUUCUAGGUCUGACAGAAUGGCACCACUACUUAACAACACAGAUCGUCUAGUCAUUAAAGUCAGACCUCUGUACAUGUUAACAACAAUUGAUAAUGUACAUGCCUAAAGUAAUGUACCCUAUUUAGUAAAUACUUUAUUUUCAAUAUUAAUGGUUCUUUUUGUUUUAUUGCAAAUUAUAAUUUUUAAAUAAUCAUUCGUUGUACUGUCAAACGAAGAAAAAAAACUGACAUUUCAGACUUUAAUAUUGCUUAUAAUUAAAUUUCCUUCACUUAAUUUCUUACUUGACCUUUUAUAUAAUUACCAUUUUUUUU